AUGGAUAUAACUUGUAAUGAAUAUAAUAAAAAUGUCGAUUUGGUAAAUAAUGAGGAUGGUGAUAAUAAAAUUGAAAAAAUGAAUAUACAGAGCCUACUUUCCAGCGGCAAGAUGCUUGAAAAUAAAAAAAUGUUUUGUAAUGGGAAUCAAAAAUGCUCAAACUUUUGUAAUUACUUUAACUGUUCUCAAAUGCCAUGUAAUUUCGAAUCUGAUAACGUCGAAAUUUCCGAAUUUGUUGUUAAUCCAUGUCAUUUUUGCACACUUGAUAAUCAUCUACUUUGUUCAAAAGACAAAUUAAAACAUGAUGAAUACAAUAAUGAAGGCUCUACUAGAUUAAGUCACAGCCUCGAAAGAAAUGAUAGUGAUGGCUCAUUGGAAAAUAUUUACGAUAGAAAGGAGGAACAUAGUAUUUAUGGCGAAGAACAAGGCAAUACUUCAAGCGAUGAAAUAAAUAAUGUAAAUUGCAAUAAUUAUUUAUCAGGUUUUAUGAAUAUAACUAGUUUUUAUGAUAAUGCAAUUAAAUGUUAUGAAAAAUCUAAUGAAAUUUCCAAAUAUAUGUCUAUUUCGCACAGUGGAUCAAAUAAUAAUAUAAGCGAAAAGGAAUUGAGUAUAACAAAAAAAAAUGUGUGUGCAAAUAACAAAAUAUGUGACGAUAAUUUGAAUCAAAAUAACAUGAACGAAAUUGAAAGAUUAAGUUCCAAAAAAAAUAGCCUUUUAGCUUGGGCCUUUUCUCAACCUUUAAAUUGCCCAAAUAAAGGAUCCUUGGAACAAGGUAGUGCUAUUUCAAUUGAUAAGGAUAUAGUACUUUUACAACUCGAACAUUUUUCUAAAAAGGUUGAUGACGAUAUUUUUGAUGAAAAACUUUUUAGAGCACAGAAAUUAAUUGAUCAUGUAAAAAAAUAUGUAGAAUAUUAUAUAAACUAUUUUAAAAAAAUUAACGAUGAAGAUAUGGUUGCAAAACUAACAGAAUAUUAUGAACAAAAUUGUACAGAUCAAAAUACUAAAUAUAAUAUCAACAAAUUAAAAGUUAAUAUCCUUUACCAUUUUUUAAAAUUUUUCCAAUUAAAUGAAAUUCAUACAGUAUUGAAUGAUUAUUCUUAUUAUUUUUCGAUUGAUCCUAUAUACAAUUUAUCUACUGGUUGUAUAGCAAAUAGUCAUAAUGAAAAUAUUAAUAUGGAUAUUCCUGAUAAUAACAUAAUUUCGACAGUUGCAAAACAAUCUGUACAAUCUUUUGCUAACUCAGACUUUGAUGGUUUAUUAUGCGAUUCAUCCAUAAAUACUCAUGGAGAUGAAAAUUGUGAGCAUGCAUCUAACAUUAACUUUUCAGGUAGUAAUAAAGAUAAAACAGUAAAUGAUAUUCUAAAAAGUGUGGACUGUUCAAAUGAUGUAAAUAAACAAAAUAAUAGUGUUAAUGAAAAAUUAUCUCAAAUUAAUGAGGAAAAUGAAUAUGAUGGCAAUUAUAAUAAUAUUUAUGGUAAUAAUGCAUUUGGCUUAAAUGAUAGCAAAACACAGGAUAAUCACGAUAAUAAAAAAAAUAACAGUAUUAUUAUAGAUACACAUUAUCAUCAAUAUUAUAAUGCAACAAGCAUUAUGAAUAGUAGAAAAUUUUCAAUAAAUAAACAGGAUUCAGUUCAAGAAAAAGAAGCAGGUAGUAAAAAAGGUAAUCGAAAUAUGGUUAAUAUAAUACAGAAAUAUUCACGAAAAUUUAAAAAUUUUAAAAAAGUUAAACAAAAUAAAGAAGGAUGGAUAAAAGAUAACGAUAAAUAUUUAGAUUUAUGGCAUAGAGUUGAUAGUGAAAGUAAUAUAUCGAUCCACAUUAGAGGAAAACUGCCAUAUGACGUUACCACAAUAUUAUCCAUAUUAAAUGAAAUGGAAUUAAGUACCAAUUGGGCUCCUUUUUUAUCAGGAGCAACGAAAAUUCAUUCGCUUUCAAAUUCCAGUGCUAUUAUUUCACAGUUAUACGAAUAUCCUGUAAUAGGAAAAAAACAUUCUUUAACGUAUUACUUAGGAGCGAAUUCCUUGGAAGAACUCGGAUGUAUAAUACUAUGUUCUAAAGCUCCCCCAGAAUUAGACGCAGAUAUUUCAUUUUAUGAUGACUUAUGCAAAAAAUUAAACAUAAAUAAAAAUGGUGAAAUAUUAAAAGUUACAGAAAUUCCUGUCAGAUUCAGAAAAAACAAAAAAGAAGUAACAUUUUUUUCCUUUAAUUUGCCACAGCCACCUUCUAAAUCAGAAAGACAAAGAUCUGCAGAUUUGUGCUUUUUAAUAUAUCCAUUAAACGAUGGAAAAUCUACCAUUCUUGAAUUGUUUGUGCAUUGUGAAAAUGAAUUUAAAUACAUCCCAAUUAAGAUGAUUACCUUUUUCAUAAAAAAAAUUGUAAAAAAUAUGUAUGCAAAUAUUGUCAAGGCUUGUAAAAAUUAUAAUAUUAUGUAUUCAGAAAUUCGAGCCACAAAUUCAGAAUUCUAUGAAUGGCUAGACAAACAAUUUAAAAAAUACCUUAAAAAUAAAUAUACAAAAUUAAUAGACUCUAUAAGCUUAGUAAGUUAUAAUGGGCAUGAAAAUAAUGAUGCUAUUUAA